CUCCAUCUCUCUCUCUCUCUCUGUCUGUAGCCGAAAGCGACGAACCAAUAAAAAAAAACCCACACGAAAACACACACAAGAGAGCAAAAACCUCAAAAUACAGAAGAAAAAACAAUGAAAGCAAAGCAACAAAAGCACAACCUAAGUACUUUACUUCCUUUUGCUUUUUGCCCAUCCUCUGUCUUCAACCACUGAGGUUGGUUCUUGCUCUUAAUUACUCUAAAAAUUUCGAUACCUACUUUAGUUUUUCCAUUUUUUCCCCUUCCAAAUCCUUCACAUGUUGCAAAAGUCCUCAACUUCCCUUAAAAACGGAAACGCUUCUCUUUCGUUUCUUGUCUCUGCGUUUUUUUUUUUCUGGGAGGGGGUGUGUUGAUAUGAUAUGAGCCUGUAGAAAAUGUUUCAGCGACUGGGAACGAUUUUGUUUGGAGCUUGGAUCGUUAAUACGGUGCCGUUUUGGCUGGUUAUCCGGCCGUGACGGGAGAUCUCUUUUGUUAAAGAAUCUGAUUUCAUCUUCUUGUUUCAUAUCCGCCGAGUCCAACUCCAAUCGGUGGUGACUUAGUUUGAAUCGGGAGAAACGUUUCUGGGUGUUGUUUCUGUUACUGUUUUUGGUGGUUUCGUGAAGCAUUUUUCAGUGUUUUGGUGAAAUAGAUCGUUUGGUGUUGAGCUCUGAUCUCGAAAGGUUUAUGCUUUUCUUGUGUUUGGGAGUUGUCUAGUAAUAGACAAAACGAGGAUAACGAUGUCUCCUAUCUGGAUAUCACUGUCUCUUCUGGCUUUAUCUCUAUCCUGGCGCUUCACAAUCAACUAUUAAAGAAAUACAAAAGUUGAAGAUUUACAGUGGUGCCCAUUUUUAGUGCUUGCUAAAGGUUCGUGAUAUUGUGAUUAAGGAGGACAAAACAUCAGGAUUUGCUUCAAAUUUUGUGGGCACUGUAAUUAUUGGUUGUAAGCUCUGGGUGAAGUCCAACUCGUGUCCCUUUUUUUUAUAUUUUUCUUAAGCUCUGGAAAGUGAUAUAAUCUGUGAUUAAGCAAAGCUAUUCGGGUUUGUUCUAGGUUUUCAACUUCUUUAGAUAUUGUUGAUUUGGGGCUAUUUAUCAAUUGCCAUCUCAUAUGUAUCUUGAUUUUGAAGCUUCACCAAUUGCUUCGAAGUAUAGUUAAGGGAGGGAAGCUAAUUGGGUCUGGUUUGGUUAUGCGUGGUUAUUUGGUAUUUUCGGCUAAGAGUACCCCUAGAAUCUCAUUUGCGCCUACUUUUUGGUGCUAACCAGCUCUACGAGGUGCUGAAAAUAAGUUUGAGGGAAGAAAGAGCUACUUGGGUUUGUUCGGGUUGUUGGUGGAGCUGCUUGAGCUUUUCACUAAGGAAAGAGAACCCCACCUUGGGUUUUGGGGUUGAUUUUUUUUUUGUGGGUAUCUGUGAAGAAUUGUGGUGAUUUUUAAUUUGAAGAUGGCAAUGUCCUGCAAGGAUGGUAAGCAACCAGCGAACUUAGACAAUGGCAAAUAUGUCCGCUACACGCCUGAGCAGGUCGAAGCCCUGGAAAGGCUCUAUCACGACUGCCCCAAACCCAGCUCCAUUCGUCGGCAACAGUUCAUUAGGGAAUGCCCGAUUCUCUCUAACAUUGAACCCAAACAAAUCAAAGUUUGGUUCCAAAAUAGAAGAUGCAGAGAGAAGCAGAGGAAAGAGGCAUCCCGCCUUCAAGCGGUGAAUAGGAAGCUGACUGCAAUGAACAAGCUUCUUAUGGAGGAAAAUGAUAGGUUGCAGAAGCAGGUGUCGCAGCUGGUGUAUGAGAAUGGUUACUUUCGCCAACAUACUCAGAACACAACGCUUGCAACCAAAGAUACAAGUUGUGAAUCAGUGGUAACAAGCGGUCAACACCACUUGACACCUCAGCAUCCGCCAAGGGAUGCAAGUCCUGCAGGGCUUUUGUCCAUUGCAGAAGAGACUUUAACAGAGUUUCUUUCAAAGGCCACUGGAACCGCUGUGGAGUGGGUCCAAAUGCCUGGAAUGAAGCCUGGUCCGGAUUCCAUUGGAAUCAUUGCUAUUUCUCAUGGUUGCACUGGCGUGGCAGCACGAGCCUGUGGCCUGGUGGGUCUAGAGCCUACAAGGGUUGCAGAAAUCCUCAAGGAUCGGCCAUCAUGGUUCCGUGAUUGUCGAGCCGUGGAUGUGCUGAAUGUAUUGCCCACUGCCAAUGGUGGAACCAUUGAGCUGUUGUACAUGCAGCUCUAUGCACCAACAACGUUGGCACCUGCUCGUGACUUCUGGUUGUUGCGCUAUACUUCUGUUUUAGAAGAUGGCAGCCUUGUGAUCUGUGAGAGAUCUCUUAAAAAUACACAAAAUGGCCCAAGCAUGCCACCAGUACAGCAUUUUGUGAGAGCUGAAAUGCUGCCAAGUGGGUACCUCAUAAGACCUUGUGAAGGAGGUGGCUCAAUCAUACACAUAGUUGAUCAUAUGGAUUUAGAGCCGUGGAGUGUGCCUGAAGUGCUGCGACCCCUGUAUGAAUCAUCAACUGUGAUUGCUCAAAAGACAACAAUGGCGGCUCUGCGCCAGCUAAGGCAGAUAGCUCAGGAGGUUUCUCAGUCUAAUGUAACCAACUGGGGCAGGCGUCCUGCAGCACUACGUGCACUGAGUCAGAGGUUAAGCAGGGGUUUUAAUGAGGCUCUCAAUGGUUUUACUGAUGAGGGAUGGUCGAUGAUGGGAAACGAUGGCAUGGAUGAUGUGACUAUCCUUGUAAAUUCAUCUCCUGAGAAAUUAAUGGGUUUAAAUCUUUCCUUUACUAAUGGAUUUCCAGCUGUCAGCAAUGCCGUUUUAUGUGCCAAAGCAUCAAUGCUUUUACAGAAUGUUCCUCCUGCAAUUCUUCUUAGAUUCUUGCGAGAGCACAGGUCCGAAUGGGCAGACAACAAUAUUGAUGCUUACUCAGCUGCUUCAAUUAAAGUCGGUCCUUGUAGCUUACCAGGGUCUCGAGUUGGAAGUUUCGGAGGUCAAGUCAUACUCCCUCUGGCUCAUACUAUUGAGCAUGAAGAGUUUUUGGAGGUCAUUAAAUUGGAAGGUGUAGGCCAUUCUCCUGAAGAUCCAGUGAUGUCUAGGGACAUGUUUCUAUUGCAACUCUGUAGUGGAAUGGAUGAGAAUGCUGUUGGCACCUGUGCUGAACUUAUAUUCGCUCCCAUUGAUGCAUCCUUUGCCGAUGACGCACCUCUUUUGCCUUCUGGUUUUCGCAUCAUUCCCCUUGAUUCUGCAAAGGAAGCCUCCAGUCCAAAUCGCACCCUGGAUCUUGCUUCUGCUCUUGAAAUUGGACCGGCUGGAAACAAAUCCUCCACUGAUUAUUCUGCUAAUUCUGGCUGUGUGAGAUCUGUGAUGACAAUUGCAUUUGAAUUUGCAUUUGAAAGCCAUAUGCAAGACCAUGUAGCAUCAAUGGCUCGACAAUAUGUCCGAAGUAUCAUAUCAUCAGUUCAGAGAGUGGCAUUAGCACUCUCUCCUUCUCAUUUGGGGUUGCAUGCUGGUCUUCGACCGCCACUUGGUACUCCUGAAGCACAGACGCUUGCUCGUUGGAUCUGCCAGAGCUAUAGGUGCUACUUGGGUGUGGAGUUGCUCAAAUCAAGCAGCGAAGGAAGUGAGACCGUUCUCAAAACCCUGUGGCAUCACUCAGAUGCUAUCAUGUGCUGCUCUCUGAAGGCUUUGCCAGUCUUCACUUUUGCAAACCAAGCAGGGCUUGACAUGUUGGAGACUACUUUGGUAGCCUUGCAAGACAUAACUUUGGAAAAGAUAUUUGAUGACCAUGGUCGGAAGACUCUCUGCUCAGAGUUUCCACAGAUAAUGCAACAGGGUUUUGCUUGUCUUCAAGGUGGAAUCUGCUUGUCGAGCAUGGGGAGACCAGUCUCAUAUGAGCGGGCAGUGGCAUGGAAGGUGUUAAAUGAAGAAGAAACUGCACACUGCGUCUGCUUUAUGUUUAUAAACUGGUCUUUUGUCUGAUAUUUGGGUGAGGUUCAAAGAAAGAUGACUGUAGAACUGUGUUGUUUUGUUGGCUUGUUUAUCUUUAAUGUAUGACAGCCUUGGCAAUACUAAGUAGACCCUACAAGGUGCCAUGCCUUCGUUCAUUUGCCAUGUACUAAACUUCGUUUUGUGUGUGGGAACUAGGAAUCAUUGUCCUUGAAAUUACGUGGAUGGUUGUAUUUGACAGUGUAUUACUAGUGUUGCGAUCACUUUGUUAA